AUGGCCGUCGACGACAUGGCUGAGCUCGACAGUCAUAUUUUUGCAAUUGUCUACCCACAUACCCCGCGCUCCACUGCCGGCGACGACGACCUCUCCUUUCUGGGCGGAGAGGGCGACCUUGCCGCGACAAUCCUCGCGCGCCUCGGUGGCUCGCCGCGGGAGGACUUCCAGCACCUCUGCGCCACCGCCGCCGCCGUGGCGCAGGCCGUUAGCGACCAGGGAGUACCCGCCACCCCCGUAGCCUACUUCGCCGCGUCCGCCGCGGCGCUCGCCCCGCUCGCUCGCGCGGGGGCCGCCGGCGCCGACCCCCACGUCGCCGGAGCGCUCCUCGCCUUCCUCUCCGCGGCGCUGCCUGCCCUCCCGGCUGCCGUGGUGCGCGCCCGUGGCCGUGAGGUCGCCGACGAUGUGAUGCGCGUGCUCGAUUUCCCUUCCACGCCCGAUUCAGGCGUCAGGGCGGGGCUUAGGUGCCUCGCGCAUUUGAUAUCUGCGGGGGACAGGGCGAACUGGGAGGCGUUAUACACUGUGAUUCUUCGCCUCAGUACCGAUCACCGGCCAAAGGUGCGGAAACAAUCUCAUUCAUGCUUGCGGGAUGUUCUCCUGAGUUUUCAAAGGCAACCAAUUUUGGUUCCAGCAAGUGAAGCAAUAACAAGAUCUUUUGAGCGGUUUCUGCUGCUUUCUGGAGGAUCUAGCUCUGUAAAUACAGGUGCAGCAGAGGAAGGCCCCAAGGGGGCUAAGGAGGUCCUGUAUAUUUUGAAUGCUUUGAUAUGCUGCCUUCCGCUUAUGGCGUCGAAGCCUUCCAAUACCAUCUUGAAAUAUUUUAAACCACUGUUAGAUUUGCAUCAACCAAUUUUGACAAGGAGUCUGUUGGACAUUCUGCAUGCUGUUGCUGAGAGUCCAACACUACAGCUAAAAUCAGAUGUGUUAUUGGACCUUCUGUGCUCGUUGGGGCUGUCAGUGUCUUCAGAAAGGAAAUCAGGAGAUGAAAUGGCUUCGAUUGCACGACUUUUACAUGUUGGUACUAAAAAAAUUUACAAGCAAAACAGGGACAUUUGUGUUGUAAAGCUUCCAUUGAUAUUUACUUCACUUGGAGAUAUAUUAUCAAGUGAAUUCGAAGAGGCGAGAUUUUCUUCUGUGGAGGCUUUUAAAGGUUUAAUAGAUCACUGCAUCGAUGAAACCUUGGUGUCACAGGGAAUUGCUUAG